UAUUCAAGCAGUGUUACUGAAAGGAACAUCAGCAGCAUUCAUAGCCCAGAGAGAGCAGGUGGACCAGAAAGCAACAUAAAUCGGAUUGCUGCUGAACACGACCUGAGCACCUGUCAGUUCUUGCAUGAGGAGAAUAUGCUGUCCCAAGGUCCUUACUGCCAAAUUAAUCAGAUCUUGAAGGAAGCUCACUUCUACAGCUUACAGCAGCGAGGACAGCCCCCAACCUGA